AUGAUUGACGGCGAAAUUGUCAAUCGCGUGUCACUUGAACGCUGGCUCCGCCGACUACCUGACGUAUCGGAUGCAAUUCUCAAACGGCUCUUGAAUAGCGCAGACCACCAGAAUGUGCCACGAGCAACGGAGGGUCUUUCUCGCGUCGUUGAGAUCGGUACACUCGAUCUCGGGAAGCUUGUGACCUCGCCUUUGCUCACACCACAGGACUUCACUGAACAUCGUGCAUUCAUCAUUCUUGGUCGGCUUUGCAAAUCAUUUCUCGAGGCCUUCACAAGUCCAAGCUUGUGCCUCACCGAGCAGCUGGCUAACCUCUCUCGCCUGCAACAUAUAAAUUUUGCACUCUACCGCAAGUAUGGUUCCGCAUACAUCUCCCCCCAGCUCUACUCAGAUCUGUGCGCUCUUGGAAAGAGCGCAUUCUUCGUUGUCGCUCAACAGAAGCUUCUUGACGAUUCCCAGUCCGUAUAUUUAUACCAGCUUGGCAGUGAUCGUCUUGAAGAACUUUUUGGGGAAGUACGAACAAGCACACAUGACUCGAACUACGACAUUCUUCAGCUCUCUCAUGAACUCUCGGGAUCUGCGGCUCUUGUUGAGGUGUACAAUCGUAACCCUGAUCUCAACCGAGGCCAUCGCAGACUCAAAUUCGGACUCGAUCACGUCAACCCCCGGUUCUUCACCGGUGAUCUCACUGCUUGCAAUGCUAAUCUGACGACGGCAUGGAACUCUGGGCGGAUACAAGCUCUU